AUGGCGGCGAAGCGACCGACGCUGCACCUGCGCUACUCUGAGGAGGCGACGAAGGACCCGGCCACGCACAGCAACGCAGCGCUGCUGCACAAGGCCUUGCGCUACCGGCGUAAGUCGCACGUCGGCGCGGCCACGACCAACGAGCUGUACGACCGCUGGGGCGUCAAGUGGCACAAGGUCGAGAAGGACGAGGCCAAAGCAUCAUAG